UAAAUUUAGAUCUGAGUCAGAAUGGGAUAGGAUUAUUAAUCAACUUUGUUGUCAACAACUGUCAACAAUGAAUUAUAUAAAAUUCCCAUUCCGAUUUCAUAGAUUAUUAUUGGAAACAGCCAUUUAUAAAUGACGUUUUGCAAGGGUCUUACAAGAAAACAAUUCCAUAGUGGCAAUGGCUUCCAGUCAAGGUAAGGUGCCUAAGUCAUGUCUUCACCAUUUAGAAAAGUCACCGAAAAAAGAACUUCAUGUAACAAUUAAUGCAGACCAUCAGUGCUUUGAGACAGAGCUGUAUGACGGCGAAAAAGAAUGGCUAGAAGAGCAGAAAAAAGAAACGGUCACCACAUCAACAGAAUUGACAGAGAAAGACAAGCAGUGGUUCAAAGAUUACAUGGCCUUUUCCAUGGGCAUCUACUUUGGACCACAAAGUGAACCAUUACUGGAUGAAGUCACGUUUGAGGGAAUCGCUCGGUACAUGGCAAGCGACAAAUGCACAAAGAUUGUUGUUCUUGCUGGGGCUGGUAUCUCUACUUCUGCUGGUAUACCGGACUUCCGUACCCCAGGGACAGGGUUGUACGAUAUGUUGAAGAACAAAUACAAAAUGGAUGAUCCCCAAAAGGCUUUCGACUGGAACUAUUUUAUGGCUGACCCGAAACCUUUCUUUGAAAUACGCAAGGAAAAAUUUCAAGGAGAUUAUAAGCCCACGCCAACACACUACUUCAUCAAGCUUCUGGAGAACAAAAACAAGCUUCUGCGUUAUUUCACUCAGAACAUAGAUGGCCUGGAUCGUCAGGUGGGGCUGGACCCUAGGAGAGUGACAGAGGCCCAUGGUACAAUGGAGACAGCAACGUGUACCUUCUGUGAGAAGCAAUACUCAAAGGAAGAGAUGAAAGCCCAGAUGCUUGUUGCCGAGGACAAUCUUGUCCCAUACUGCACUGAGGAGGAUUGUGGCGGGGUCAUCAAGCCGGACAUUGUCAUGUUUGGAGAGAAUAUGAAACCAUCAUUUGCAGUCGACUCUGAGGAUGUAGAGAAAUGUGAUAUGAUGAUAAUUUUGGGCACAUCAUUGAAAGUCCCGCCAUUCAACAAGCUACCAAUCAGAACCAAAUUCAAUGUUCCAAGACUGUUAAUUAACAUGGAGAAGGUAGUUGGGCCAAAGCAUCCCAUGUCAGCUCUCUUUUUUGGGUGUAGCUUUGACUUUGACAAUCCAGAUAACAAAAGGGAUGUAUUCUGGGAAGGCCAGUGUGAUGAGGGCGUGUUUGCACUGGCAGAGCGAUUAGGGUGGGGGGAGGAGUUUCGCACAAUGGUCAAGGAGGAAAAUGCAAAACGAGGCGUGGUGUAUCCACCUCCUGAGGCCAACAAGACAGACCUACCACAGCCACCAAAGCAAUCAACUUCAAGUGUUGAUACUGAUAACCCAAAGAAAUUGCCUUCAAAAACUGUUUCAAAAUUCAGCAAACAAAAUUCUUCAGCUUCUAAACCAUCUGCUGUAUCUAAAUCCAGCAAUCAAAUUUCUUCUGCCUCCAAACCAUCAGCAGUAUUGAAAAGUGUAGUUUCAAGUUCAGUUUCUAAUAGGAAAAAAUGAACAAUAGCCAGUAAAGAUUGUGAUGCGAGUAUAUAUAUAUAAUAUAUAAUUGCUGAAAGUUAUUCUUUUUUAUGCAUAUUGAAAUCUUGUAUAAGUAAUAAUAUGCUUACUUAUUACUAAAUCAGGAAUAUUUUUCUGUGAUAUUUUGCCUGUGAUACCACUGUUUUUUCUCUGUUCUAAUUGACUUGCCAGUUAAAUUAAGCACUAUUUGUGGCAAGGCCUUUACAGCUUUGCAAGCAAAGCCGGAGUUGCGUACCAUAAAUAAAAACCUAUCAAUUGAAGACUAUGCAAUGCUGUAAAAAGUUUGUAUAUCCCUUUAUCUGUUCAUCUGUCUCAAAACUCAAAAACUCUUCCGUGAAAACAAAAUUUAGCAUGAUUAUUCGCCUCAAAGAAAAAAAGAGAAAACAAUCAAAGUUGAGUCAGAAUAUUGACAUUAAAUUGUCUUGUCACUACGUUACGAUGUCUUUUGAUUUAUAAAAGAUAUUCAGUUUUGUUUAUUUUAUAGUAACAGUGACCUUUGCCUAGGCAUCUAGUAAAAAAUACAAAAAGUUUAAAAAAAGAAUAUCGCAGUAUCUUAGUGUACCAAGUUUCAUCCAAGUGUCUCAAUUUCUUUUUGAGAAAUUGCAGGACCACGUUUUGUUGACACGCAGAUAUAGGGCAAACCUAUAGGGCCCUCGGGUAUUAAAUUCAUUAUGUUCAUUGUACUCAUGGUAACUCCAUAAUUCACUGAUUUGUGUGUUGUUAAGUUUAAGCUUUAUUAUUUCACCAGUUCAUCAAACUUUGAGAACAUUCUAUGAAUUGUUUACAUGCACUUUUGUUAAAUUUCUUGUUUAACCCCCAAAAAUUAAAAGGUAUAUACCUA